AAGUCACCUUUGGCAGUUUAGUAAUCAGCACGUUGGUUUGUCAUUCAACGUAACAGACCCAUUCCGCUGCUAAACAUGGCAAGAACGUCUGACGCAGACUUAAAGCCUCCUUUGAGCCAGAACGGACUGAAAUGUGACGAUCUGAGGAAAACCGGUUGUCACAGCAAAAGAGAGAAAAAUGUCCCACAGACCGGCGUCAGCUCCAGGCAGUUCAGCCAUGACACGUUUGAACAGCCACCCAUGUAUGUGGCGGUGAUGACAUACCUGGGUUAUGGGAUUGUCACCCUGUUUGGUUACCUCAGAGACUUCCUCAGAGCUGUGGGCCUGGAGAAGUGCCAUGUUGCUCAGGAAAGAGAGGAACAGAAGGAUUUCACUCCCCUUUACCAAGAUUUUGAAAAUUUUUACACUCGAAACCUAUACAUGCGAGUACGGGACAACUGGAACCGUCCCAUAUGCAGUCUCCCAGGCCCUAUCUUCGAUUUGAUAGAAAGGGUGUCUGAUGACUACAACUGGACAUUCAGGUUUACUGGGAAGACAAUACAUAACGUCAUCAACAUGGGCUCAUACAACUACCUCGGUUUCGCAGAGAACAACGAAGAUUUCCUGAAAACUGUGGCAGAUAAGUUGCGGCAGUACGGGGCUGGUGUCUGCAGCACAAGACAGGAAAUUGGUAACCUGAAGAUUCAUGAGGAGCUGGAACAACUUGUGGCCGAUUUCAUUGGGGUCGAGUCCUCCAUGAUUUUCGGGAUGGGCUUUGCAACAAACUCAAUGAACAUCCCAGCACUUGUGGGGAAGGGUUGUUUGAUAGUAAGCGAUGAGCUCAACCACACGUCUCUAAUUUUGGGAGCCAGACUGUCAGGAGCUACAAUCCGGGUGUUCAAACACAACAACAUGCACAGUCUGGAGAAGCUUCUAAGAGAGGCUGUUUGCUCAGGGCAGCCUCGGACCCACAGACCCUGGAAGAAGAUCCUCAUUAUGGUGGAGGGCAUCUACAGCAUGGAGGGCUCAGUUGUGCGACUGCCUGAAAUCAUCGCCCUGAAGAAGAAGUAUAAAGCCUAUUUGUACCUGGAUGAAGCCCACAGUAUUGGCGCGGUGGGGCCUUCGGGGAGGGGAGUCACCGAGCUGUUUAAUGUGAACCCGGCUGAUGUGGACGUGAUGAUGGGGACUUUCACGAAGAGCUUCGGGGCAGCUGGAGGCUACAUCGCAGGAAGAAAGGAACUGGUGGAGUACCUGCGCAGCCAUUCUCACAGUGCAGUAUACGCCUCAGCCAUGUCCCCUGCAAUAACAGAGCAGGUCAUGCGUGCCAUGAAGUGCAUCAUGGGAAAAGACGGAACCACAGAAGGCAUCAGACGGAUCCGCCAGUUGGCAGAAAACACCAGAUACUUCAGGGCCAAGCUGAAGGAUAUGGGCUUCAUCAUCUAUGGCGAUGAUGACUCCCCUGUGGUUCCAGUGCUGCUCUACAUGCCAGGCAAAGUGGUGGCCUUUGCUCGUGAAAUGCUGAAGAGGAAAAUAGGAGUUGUAGUGGUUGGCUUUCCCGCCACCCCGAUCACAGAGGCCCGAGCUCGUUUCUGUUUGUCUGCUUCGCACACCAGAGAGAUAUUGGACGAGGUGCUGCAACAGAUGAACGAAGUAGGAGACCUUCUCUGUCUGAAGUUUUCACGGCGGAAACGCUCCGCUUUUCCUGACGCCUGCAAAGGCGGACAGCUGAUGUGACGUAUCGCACCUUGACUUCACAGUGUCGAAACUAAGUGUCUCUCCCGGUGCAGACUCAUUAACACAUAUUUUAGGGUAACACCCAUAAUUUAUGCACAGAAGAGGGGACAAAUGUUUGGCAGCUGCUUUUUAGAUGUUGUUGCAAGCCACUGAUUCAACAGAAAAACCGUUUUUGCUCCUUUGAAUUAAAUUUAUUUGUUAACACAUUUGUUUUUGAGCACUUGCAGAAAAUCACUGCAGAAGCACGGCAGGGACCAGUUUAGCCUAAAGGAAUGUGG